CACUGUGGAGCUGUGUCGGGCAGCAGGAGGAGCCGACACCGACGGAAAAGAGAGAUUCAAAGAAAAGACAUGAACGUCGCUCAGACGCACAAACACGGACUUCAGUGAAGCGGAGGAAACGAACGACUGGUUUAUGUGGAGGUUUUUUUUUUUUUUUUUAACGCGGACAGAAAGGGUGUUGACUACGGACAGCAGCAAUCAACCCCCCUCAAAAAAAAAAAACACAAACAAGAGGAAUCAAAAAAGAGGUCCAGAGCCAGAGAGUUUUUGCAUGUUAUUGGAGAAACUGACUCUGGUAACUGGCAUGCCUCCUCCUCCUCCUCCUCCUCGUCUGCGUUAAUGUAAUGGAAACGCGCUUCGGUCACCCCCGGUAGCAUUUUGAAAUGCCUCAGCGGAAAUAUAUCAGCAGCUCCCAUGGCUAAUUGCAUCGAGCGGCGGUGGCUCUGGAGUUUGCCAGCGGACGCACUCAAGAGCCGGGUGCCCCUGCCAUGCCCAGCGCCAUGCUAAGGCAACACACUCCUCAUCAUAACAAGGAGCACUCAGUUCAACCAGUGGGGAAGCGGUGGAAGAAGUUGGUGGAAAAUCUAAGUCUCGAUUUUUGAUUUCCCUUUUUUUUUUUUUUUUUUUUGACCUAGAUAUUCUGAAACGCACCGACGAGCUCAGCUGCUUUUUCCUGCCAUCUGCUUCUCUUCUCUGCUCUCACUCAAGUUGCAUUCUUCUUCUUCCAAACGUCAACACAGGAGGGCGGAAAGAGAGAGACUGCGACCUGCUUUCUGAGACGGGGGAAAAAAAUGGAUGUUCGGAUUUAUGUUUUGUUGGAGUUGAAAAUAUGAGGGUGGGGAUGAAGGGACCCCUAUGAAGAGGAGGAGCAGCAGCACUAUAUUUAAAAAAUGGCACAAACCAGUUUGCUGCAGGGGAAGCGCUUCUACUGCCGGGAGUGGGUCUUUCACAAGAUCCAGCACUGCCUCCAGGAGAAAACCAGCAACCUCAGCGGAGUGACCAGCACUCCCAGUAAGCAGGCGCCCGGCGGGGGGGCUGCGUCGAACCCGGGCACCUUGACGGGGACGGGGUCCUCAAAGUCGGGCGGCGGCGGCUCUUGGGGGGUGUUGUUGGUGGGCGGUCCGGGGAGCGGGAAAACGGCGCUGUGCACGGAGCUGCUGUGGCCCACGUCGGCGCAGGGGACGCAGCGGGGUCUGCAGCAGCAGGGCCUGGCGUACCACUUCUGCCGGGCGGACGACUCGGACACGCUGUGCGCCGGCGGGUUCGUCCGAGGCCUGGUGGCUCAGAUCUGCCGCGGCGGGCUGCUGGCCGGGUACGAGGAGAAGGUGCUCUGCGACCCGGCCGUGCAGAGCGCUCUGCAGCCGGGGGAGUGCGAGAGGAACCCCACGGAGGCGUUCAAGAGAUGUGUCCUCCUGCCUCUCCUGAGCGUUAAGCCUCCUCAGCAGUCUCUCUUCCUGCUGGUGGACUCCAUCGAUGAAGGCUGUCAGCUGGGGGAGGGCGAGCAGAGGUCCUCUCCCGGCUCCCCCAGGACCAUCGCUGAGCUCCUGGCCAGUCACCACGAGUUCCUGCCUCCCUGGCUGCUUCUGAUCUGCUCGGCACGGCGACAGAACAAGGCCAUCACCAAACUCUUCACAGGAUUCCGCAAAAUAAGCCUUGAUGACCUACGAAAAGCCUACAUCGUCAAGGACGUUCAACAGUACAUCCUCCACCGGCUGGACCAGGAAGAGGCCCUUAGGCAGCACCUGACCAAGGAGACCGCUGAGAUGCUCAACCAACUCCACAUCAAAAGCAGCGGCUGUUUCCUAUACCUGGAACGUGUGCUUGAUGGCGUGGUGGAAAACUUUAUCAUGCUUCGGGAGAUCCGUGACAUCCCAGGCACUCUCAACGGCCUCUACCUGUGGCUCUGCCAGAGACUGUUUGUCAGGAAACAGUUUGCCAAAGUCCAGCCCAUCCUUAAUGUAAUCCUGGCAACUUGCAGGCCACUCACUGUCAAGGAACUGUACCAUGCAGUCUGGACCAAAAACAUGACGCUGACAAUGGAAGAGUUUCAGAAAAAGAUGGACAUUCUCUCCAAGUUGUUGGUUGAUGGCCUUGGAAGUACUAAAAUCCUGUUUCACUACAGUUUUGCAGAGUGGCUUCUGGAUGUUAAGCAUUGCACCCAGAAGUACUUGUGCAACGCAGCGGAGGGACAUAGGAUGUUGGCGAUGAGUUACACUUGUCGGGCCAAGCAGCUCAAACCACUUGAAGUGCAGGAAUUUGCACUGCACCUUGUCAAUUCCAAUCUGCAGAUUGAGCCAUUUAAUCUGGCUCUUUGGAUGGUUUGGAAUGGAACUCCUGCUAAAGACUCGCUGACCACCUCCAUACCAAGAGAACAGGAGGUUUUGCAACUUCUGGUGAAAGCUGGAGCUCAUGUAAACAAUGAGGAUGACCAUGCAUCAUGUAUUGUGCAGCAGGCCCUGGAAAGAGAAGAUUCAAUAAGGACAUUGCUUGACAACGGGGCAUCUGUAAACCAGUGUGACUCUAGUGGGAGAACUCUGCUGGCCAACGCUGCAUACAGUGGAAACCUUGAUGUGGUUAACUUGCUCAUAUCUAGAGGGGCAAAUAUGGAGCUAGAGGACAACCACGGGCAAACAGCACUUACACUUGCUGCAAGGCAAGGCCAUACCAAAGUGGUUAACUGCCUAAUUGGUUGCGAGGCCAACAUAAACCACACAGACCAUGAUGGAUGGACUGCCCUGCGCUCAGCAGCUUGGGGUGGACAUUCAGAGGUUGUAUCUGCUCUGCUUUAUGCCGGUGCCAAAGUGGACUGCGCUGAUGCUGAUGGUAGAACUGCUCUGAGAGCAGCUGCCUGGGGAGGCCAUGAGGACAUAGUGCUGAACCUUCUUCAGCACGGGGCUGAGGUCAACAAAGCAGACAAUGAAGGAAGAACAGCUCUCAUUGCUGCAGCAUACAUGGGACACAGAGAGAUUGUUGAGCACCUCUUGGACCAUGGGGCGGAAGUGAAUCACGAAGACGUGGAUGGGAGGACUGCCCUCUCAGUUGCUGCUCUCUGUGUUCCUGCAAGCAAAGGCCACGCUUCUGUUGUGAGCCUUCUAAUUGACAGGGGAGCAGAGGUUGACCACUGUGAUAAAGACUGCAUGACCCCCCUCCUUGUGGCUGGCUAUGAAGGACAUGUGGAUGUAGUUGAUCUGCUUUUGGAAGGCGGGGCUGAUGUCGAUCACACGGACAACAACGGCCGAACUCCUCUUCUUGCUGCUGCAUCAAUGGGCCAUGCCUCUGUUGUAAACACAUUGCUUUUCUGGGGAGCGGCUGUUGAUAGCAUCGACAGUGAGGGAAGGACUGUGCUGAGCAUUGCUUCCGCUCAGGGUAAUGUGGAGGUGGUCAGAACUCUGCUGGACAGAGGUCUGGAUGAGAAUCACAGGGAUGAUGCAGGCUGGACCCCGCUACACAUGGCUUCAUUUGAGGGCCACCGCCAAGUGUGCAAUGCGCUCAUUGAGCAAGGGGCUCGUUGUAUAGAGGUCGAUAACGAUGGGAGGAUACCGCUGAUACUGGCUGCACAAGAGGGACAUUAUGACUGUGUGCAAAUUCUUCUGGAAAACAAAUCAUGCAUUGAUGACAGGGGAUAUGAUGGGAGAAAUGCUCUCAGGGUUGCUGCACUAGAAGGCCACAGGGACAUUGUUGAACUGCUGUUGAGCCAUGGUGCUGAUAUUGAUCACAAAGAUGCAGAUGGACGCCCUACACUCUACAUAUUGGCACUUGAAAAUCAGCUGGCCAUGACAGAGUAUUUCCUUGAAAAUGGUGCGAAUGUAGAAGCAUGUGACACUGAGGGAAGAACAGCCCUACAUGUGUCCUGCUGGCAAGGGCAUGUUGAAAUGGUGAGGCUGCUGAUCAACUAUCAUGCUGAUGUGAAUGCCUGUGACAAUGAGAAGCGAUCUGCCCUCCAGUCUGCUGCGUGGCAAGGACACACCAAAGUCGUGCAGUUUUUGAUAGAGAAUGGCACCCACGUUGAUCAUACAUGCAACCAGGGAGCAACAGCACUAGGCAUAGCUGCACAAGAGGGUCACAUUGAUGUUGUGCAAAUACUUCUCGAGAACGGCGCUGACCCAAACCAUGCUGAUCAAUUUGGACGUACAGCGAUGAGAGUGGCAGCAAAAGGUGGCCAUUCAAUGAUCAUAAAACUUCUGGAAAAGUAUGGAGCCACGACUCUAAAUGGAUGCAAUCCCUCCCCAGUUCACACUAUGGAAGAGAAAACACCCUUGUCCGUAACUGGUAAAAUGCAGUCCCUCACCAUUAAAUCAAGUAGCUCUGGCAGCACUGGGGCAGGAGAUCUGCAGUCCUCUGGACGUGGUCUGACCAAUGGGCCUGUUCACGCUUUCAGUUCCCCUUCAGAAUCACCUGAUUCAACAGUAGAUCGACAGAAAUCCUCCCUUUCAAAUAAUUCCCUGAAGAGUUCCAAGAACUCCUCCUUGAGAACCACGUCGUCCACAGCAACAGCACAGACUGUGCCAAUCGACAGUUUUCAUGGACUGACAUUCACAGAACAAAUCCAACAGCACUCGCUGCCCCGUAGCCGGAGCAGACAGUCUAUUGUGUCCCCCUCCUCUACAACAAAGUCCAUAGGUCAGCAGCCAUCAUCUCCUUCUAGUGAAUUUGAUUGGUCUAUGUUAAAAUCAGGUCUCAAGUCAACAAAGGGAAGUAAGUGCGGGAAUGAUACAUCCAAUAGUAAAGUAGUACUGGGAGACAAGAAGAAAGUCAAAAACAGUGGAUCCAUCCAAGGUCAGGUCCUCGAGUAUGAAAUGACACAGUUUGACAAGAGGAUUGCCCUCAACAAAUCAGUGGCAAAUAUUUCAGUGAAAGAUCCCCAUUGCAAGAUCAUGAUUGGUGGUUCAAUUCGGCAAGAAAGGGGGCAAAGCCAAGAUCAGUACUUUAUCCAGCAGCAGAGCUGUGCAGAGAAGAAGCGGAAUGGUAUCAUGACGAACCCCAAAUAUCAUCUACAGGGUAAUCAGGUUUUCCUGAGUAGGGUAUCAGUUCCUCGGACUGUACAGAACAGAGGCCACCAAGACGUUUUAGAGAACUAUCCCAUUGGGGAAACCGAGCUCAGCCUUAAACAAGCCCUGAAACUGCAGAUUGAUGGAUCAGACCCUGGGUUUAACUACAAAAAGGAGACUCCAUUAUAGCUGGUAAGAGAAACGUUGCAAAAUAGUCCUCCAGCGUGCUCUCUCGUUGAAAUACAUCCUGCGUUUGGCUCAAGAGUUGAAAUGAAGGUCAGGGUGACAGCACGUAGACAAGACUUUGGCUAGUCCAUUCAGAGGCCACUGGCUGACUUUUAGUUAUACUGGAUUGUACUCAACACAACCACAAUUAGCUCGGAUUUAACUGCAUGAAGAACGCCUAAAUCUGGAUAAACAGAAUUUUUCCCACAGAGCAAAACAUUAACCUAAAUCCUUCCUUAUACUCUUUCAGAUGUCUUGAAUGCCAUUCAUCAUGCACACAUUGGAGGGAAUGUGCCAAAGCAACUGUUUUCAUCUGCAUAGAAAAAAAAAAAUUCAUCAGUGGGGAGACCUCAAAAAACAAUACCGGGGAACAAUUGUUGAUUGCUGCCUAAGGCUUAUGUGAACUGAAACAUCAAUGUGCCUACAUCUGUUACAGCCUUCUUCAUGUAUUCAUGCAAACAUUCAUUUUAAUUUAAUGUAAUGCUAUUUAAUAAACAGUGUAUGCACUUUUAAGAGUAAAAUGACAGACGUGCAUUUGUUCUUAUUCACUUUGUAACCCAUCCAUGUUUUAUCAAGAACUGUUUGAGACAAACAUACCAAUGCUUUUGUUUUUAUUUGACUUUUGUUUGUUCAGUCAACUUUUUUUUUUUCCCCCACCCUGACAGCAAUGUGCCACUGAGUGCAUUGUCACAAACCACAGGAAAUAACACAAGGCAGAAUGAUACAUCUGCUCUUUCUACAGACCCCAAAUAAUCUGUGUUAGUCUUGAUCAGUGUGCUUAACCUAUGUUGUAUGUAAUGUGUUAAUAGCUAUGGCAAUUUACGUCACAAGUAUAAACGUACAAGCAUAUUUAUUUUUUUCGGAAAAAAGCCACUUUUGCUGCAUUUUGUGUUGCAUUAUGCUCUACCAUGGUGCUGUGUUCAGAAGUUGCCUGCAGUUAUUUUGGACUCCCGGUUUUGUUGGCUUUGUGCGUGUCUGUAUUGUUACAAAAAUCUAAGAAAGACGCAGGUGCAUUGAAAAUGUUAAAAAAAAAAAAAAAAAAAAAAAAAGAUCAUUUUGUCCCUAUGGGAUUUUUUCAGUUGCCUGUUUGUUAUUAUUUUGUGUGUGCAUAAAAUAAUAUUUAAAUAACUCAUGGUGUUCCAUCAGCAAAAGUUUGGUGCUAAAUGCAGUGAUUUCAAGUGAAAGCAGCUAUUUGAGGAAAUGCAUUUGUCCACAGAGUCACUUGUAUAACCCAAUGUAAAGCGAGAAACAACAUCUACGCUUUGUUUCCUUCUUGUCAUGUGGUUACUUUUUCAGUCUUUCGUGCUGGAUAUUUCAGGGGCAUGGCACAAAACGGCUUAAAAAAAAAAAAAAGGGUUCAGCCAUUAAGACAACUCAUAGCUGUGAAUGAUUUCUUUUGCAAUGCAGAGUUGUAAAGCCAAAGUAGAAACACCAUAACCCCCCCCCCCUCCCCCCCCCCCUGUGAGAAGCUGAAUAUCAGCUCAACAGUAUUUUAACCCUGCGGGGGCUGGAGGAGGGGGGGAGGAGGUGCUUGACUGUGAUGCUGAUGGAACCGAAACAUCUGUUUGUCAUGAACUGUGUGGAGCUGCGUUAGCGUUUAAAGGCUGUCAUAUUUUUGCAGGCUUUUCAUACUGUCAACAGUGAGCUAUUUUUUGGGGGGGAUCAGAGGGAGUAGGAACCUAUCGCAUACAAAAACACUUAUAAGCCCAGGUCAACGCCCUCAGCUCUUUGGUGCCACAGUAGCGCAAUGAUAUGCCAUGAAGGGUCAAUGGAAGGAUUGGAGGCGGGAUCAGGUCUAGAAACAGUGUUGGAAAACAUACUGUAUAGUCUUAUGAAACUCUUGUUUGUCUUGACUGUGUUUUGUCAGUCAUCUUUGAUUUGACUGUCAGUGAUUGGAUUGUAAAUAGCUUACCAUGUACAUUCAACUUUCAUUUAAAAAGAAUUCCUGUAUUAUAUGAAGUGGAAUUUUCUGAUGUAUAUUAAAGUGCUUAAUAAACAUAUUUGCUUUACUGCUGAAAAAUUA